CCCUAGAGUGUAGGGCAGCAUGCCAGCGGCACGUGGGGAGGCUGUGUGCGAAGGGAGGCUGUAAUACGGCGCGCCGCUUGGAACUACAAUUCCAGUAGUGCUUCAUGCCCUUCCUGCCGGAGCUCCGGCCCGAAGACGGCGUGGUGUACGCUGGGACUUGUAGUCCAGUGCCCGGCCUUGCGCACCCUACCUGGAAUGUGGAUCAGUGAUCAGUGUCAGUACAGAUGCGGGUACUCGCUGACAGGCCGUCGGUCAUCUACUGUACCUGUUGCCUGUCCUGGCUGCAGCCACUGGCCUGCCGGAGCAUGGCCCUUUCCAUGGAGACCGAGUCGCACAUCUUCCGAGCUCUGCGCACUGCCUCUGGGGCUGCUGCCCACCUCGUGGCCCUGGGAUUCACCAUCUUUGUGACUGUUCUUGCCAGGCCUGGCUCCAGCCUGUUCUCCUGGCACCCUGUGUUUAUGUCGGUGGCUUUCUCCUUCCUGAUGACCGAGGCUUUGCUGGUGUUCUCUCCUGAGAGUUCGCUGCUGCGUCCCCUCUCACGGAAGGCCCGGGCACGCUGCCACUGGCUGCUGCAACUGCUGGCCCUGCUGUGUGCGCUGCUGGGCCUGGGCCUGGUCAUCCUCCACAAGGAACAACUUGGCAAAGGCCACCUGGCCACGUGGCAUGGGAGGGCAGGGCUGCUAGCUGUGCUGUGGGCAGGGCUGCAGUGCUCAGGUGGGGUGGGGUUGCUGUACCCCAAACUGCUGCCCCGGUGGCCCCUGGCCAAGCUCAAGCUGUAUCAUGCCACUUCUGGGCUAGUGGGCUACCUUCUGGGGUGUGCCAGCCUCUUGCUGGGCAUGUGUUCACUCUGGUUCACUGCCACAGUUACUGGUGGGGUCUGGUACCUAGCUCUGCUGUGCCCUGUCAUUACCAGCUUGGUCAUCAUGAACCAGGUGAGCAACGCUUACCUGUAUCGCAAAAGGAUGCAGCCAUGAGCCCUUCCCAGCCUAGGGGAAGCCUGCAUGUGUCCCGUGCUGUAGUAGCUGGGCUGCACCUCCUGGCCUCCCAGCUGACUCGGCUGCCGGGAGCCUCAGACGCUGGGGUUGAGUAGGAGGCGGUCUGUGCAUGGUAUUUUGCUUCCUCCUCACACUGCAGUGCCUCCCCUCUCCUCUCUCUACCACCCCAGAGGUGCUUAUGGAUCAUGUAUCUGGACGAAGCUGGGGUUGCAAGGCUGCGUCCGCACCCCUUGGCUCACACUUGUACUGGUAUGCCCAGAAUUCCAGGAGAGAACAAAGUGAAAUAAAAACAAAUGACUGAAAAGA